GGCUACAAAGACUGAAUCCAGUUUCAGCGCAAAGACACACAGCAAGGAGUCUCCGGAGCCGGGAGUAAAGUAUCUCCAAAAAGUGCGCAAAGCGAACAUUGAAGCUCGAAGAACAGAGAAGCUCGCCUUUGGUUCCUUCAGCCGUUCUGGACGUUCGACCACCUAAACCAGAAGAACUGCAAAUUGCGAAAGAAAAGAGCAUUAGUGCUGAAAAGUCUGUGGAUUUUUGAAAAUAAGAGACAUUCAUUUUAAAAAAGUAUUAUUUUCUGUCUUAGAGAAGAUUUUAAAGACAAUCAUUUUCGGAUCUGAGUGAUUUUAUUGCCGAGUAUUUUGUGGAUGUUGAUGCUACAAUUUAUCUUGGAAAUAUUUAGCUAAAGAUUCUUCUUUUAUUUUCUUUAUUUUUCCACAUUUCUGCGAGAAGUCCUGUUUGUUCUUGGUGUAAAAUGAAAACUUUGAACUUAUUUGAAUCUCGCCCGUGGAAUUGCUGAUCCUCUAUCGAAGACGUUUUGAUGGAGUACUUUAGCAGAGUAUUUAUGGAACUCCCAACUUUUCCGAGAUACAUCUAAUCACCCAAGAAAUCCCUUUCAAGGACAUGGACAGGUAUCAUCACCAGUAAAAGAUACAAGGUUUCUUGCUGGUUCUUUUCCAUCUUCAAGAAAAACGAUCAUUUUGCAGUACUGAAGCAGACACACAAAAGUAAAGGGACAAAAGGUAAAUCAAGCAGAGAGAAAAGAAAGAGGAAACAGCUUCAAAAGGUGUGGUGUAUUCCUCACCUCUCCUCUUGCCUUUGCCAUUUAUGAAAAUGCCUUCUGGUUUCUACGGAAACGGGCCAAGGAUGAAUGCAGCCGCUGUCCUGUCGCUGUGGCUGGCGUUGGCCUGUCCGGCGCUGCUGCUCCUCACCGUCACAUCCGCUGCACCUUCAGGCCCGGCCUCUGACACCUGCGUCACCCUGGUCCAGGGGCGUUUCUUCGGCUUCUUCUCUUCGUCUUCAGUCUUUCCGUCGCUGCCCUGCUCCUGGACCCUGCAGAAUCCCGAUCCUCGCCGCUACACUAUCUUCAUGAAGGUCACCAAGCCCACUGACGCCUGCGUGCCACGCCAACUGAAGACCUUCCAAUUCGACUCUUUCCUGGAGACCACCCGCACCUACCUGGGCAUGGAGAGCUUUGAUGAGGUGCUGAAGGUCUGUGACUCCUCCACCCGCGUGGCCUUCCUCCAGGCUGGGAAGCAGUUCCUGCAGAUGCGCAAGAUGGCACCAAGAGAGGGUACCUCAGGGAGCCUGGAGGAUGACGGAGAGUUCAAGGCUGAAUACUUGGUUGUAGGCAACAGAAACCCCAGCAUGCCGGCUUGCCAGAUGUUGUGCCAGUGGCUAGAAGAUUGCCUAACCUCCAGCACACCCACCCGUCCCUGUGGCAUCAUGCAUACCCCCUGCCAGUGCUGGGAACCUGCUCCACGAAAAGCCGAUGGCUGCUUCCGAGGUGGAAUCUUCCUGGAGAACUGCAUAACGAGCCUGAAGGAGAUGACCAGAGACGCAGAGAUCAUGGGAGGCUGGAGUGGCUGGGGGCGCUGGGCGGAGUGUACCAGUGAGUGCGGAGGAGGGAUUCAGACACGCAGCCGCACCUGUCACUCCCCCCCAGAGGAAGCCUUCCUGUGUGAAGGUGUGUUGGAAGAGGGCCGGCCCUGCAACCAGCAGCCUUGUAUUGGUAAAGUGCGCUAUACCUCCCGAAGCCAGUCACUGCGCUCCAUCGACAGCCGCAGGAGAGAUGACAAUGAACAGCCCCGCUAUGGAAACCUCUCCCCACAGACAGACACGGCAGCGGCGGAGGAGUGGUCUCCCUGGAGCGUGUGCUCUACCACGUGUGGUGAGGGCUGGCAGAGUCGCACACGUUUCUGCGUGUCGUCUUCCUACAGCACACAGUGCAGCGGGCCCCUGCGUGAGCAGAGGCAGUGCAACAACUCCGCCGUCUGUCCAGCUGCUUUGAUUGCAGUGCAUGGUGCCUGGGAUGAGUGGUCUCCAUGGAGCCUGUGCUCCUCCACAUGUGGACGGGGAUACCGGGACCGAACACGCACCUGCAGGCCACCACAGUACGGAGGGAAUCCAUGUGAUGGCCCUGAGAAACAGACCAAGUUCUGCAAUAUCGCUGUCUGUCCAGUGGAUGGGAACUGGAAUGAAUGGUCUAGCUGGAGCUCCUGCUCUGCUUCCUGUUCCAACGGCACCAUGCAACGCACACGUGAAUGUAAUGGUCCUUCCUAUGGUGGCUCUGAGUGCCGUGGUGACUGGCUGGAAACCCGAGACUGCUUCCUGAGAGAAUGCCCAGAGAAUGGGAAGUGGCAGCCAUGGAGCCAGUGGAGCACAUGCAGCAAAACAUGUGAUAGUGGCAACCAGAAGAGACAGAGGAUAUGCUUUGGACCCUUUUUUGGGGGAGAGCCAUGCCCAGGGGACCGCGAGGAAGUGCGACGUUGUAAUGAGAAGAGAUGCCCAGAACCUCAUGAGAUCUGUGAGGAGGAAAACUAUGCCAAGGUAGUGUGGAAGAAGACCCCAGCAGGAGAGACUGCUGCAGUGAACUGCCCACCUAAUGCCUCAGGACUGAUUCUCCGCCGCUGCACCCUAGACGAAGAGGGAAUUGCUUACUGGGAACCACCAACCUAUAUCAAGUGCGUCUCCAAUGAUUACCAGUCCCUCCAGAAGAUGACACGGGACCUCCUCUCAAUGGCACAGCGAGGGCGGCUGGGUGAAGGGGUGUCAGAGGUCAUUGCCAAGCUGACAGAGACCUCUCAAGAUGGAACAAGUUACAGUGGUGACAUCCUGGCCAUCAUGGAUGUGCUAAAGAAUAUGACAGAGAUCUUCAGAAGAACUUAUUAUAGCCCCAGAACAGAAGAUAUGCAGAACUUUGUUCAGACUGUGAGCAACUUGCUGUCAGAAGAGAACAGGGAGAGAUGGGAGGAAGCUCAACUAAUGGGUCCCAAUGUCAAAGAGCUCUUCCGUCUGGUAGAGGACUUCAUCGAAGUAAUUGGUUUCCGUAUGAAGGAUUUCAGAGACUCGUAUCAGGUCACAGAGAACUUGGUGCUCAGCAUCCACAAGAGGCCAGCUAGUGGGGCCACUGAUAUCAACUUUCCCAUGAAGGGCUGGAGAGGAAUGGUAGAGUGGGCACGGAACGCAGAAGAUAAGGUCAUUGUCUCCAGGAAUGCUCUGUCCUUGGGCAAACCAGAUGUAGAUGAUUCCUCUGUGUUUGUGACGGGGAUUGUUCUAUACAGAAACCUGGGCAACAUUCUUUCAUUGCAACGGAACAGCACUGUGCUCAACUCUAAGGUGAUUUCAGUCACGAUCAAGCCCAACCCUGGCUCUUUAUCAGCUCCUGUUGAGAUUGAGUUCUCUCACCUGUACAACGGAACCAUCAACCAGACCUGCAUUUCAUGGGAUGAGAGUGAAAGCUCCUCUCUGCUUGGAUCGUGGUCUGGCAGAGGAUGCAGAGCGGUCCCAGUCGAUUCAUUCAGAACUAAAUGUGUCUGUGACAGACUCUCUACCUUCGCCAUUUUAGCACGGCUAAAUCCUGAUAUGAACAUGGACAAAGUCCUUCUGCCCUCGGUGACUCUGAUUGUGGGCUGCGGAGUGUCCUCUCUCACUCUGCUCCUCCUCAUCAUCAUCUAUGUGUCUGUGUGGAAGUAUAUCCGUUCAGAGCGCUCAGUCAUCCUAAUCAACUUCUGCCUGUCUAUCAUAUCAUCCAAUGCCCUAAUCCUAAUUGGACAAACACAGACCAGAAACAAGGUGGUGUGCACUCUGGUUGCUGCAUUCCUGCACUUCUUCUUCCUGUCCUCAUUCUGCUGGGUGCUGACAGAGGCAUGGCAGUCCUACAUGGCGGUCACAGGCCGCCUGAGAAACCGCAUCAUCCGCAAGCGCUUCCUCUGCUUGGGUUGGGGUCUCCCUGCUCUGGUUGUUGCUGUGUCUGUGGGAUUCACCAAAGCUAAGGGAUAUGGCACUGUCAACUAUUGCUGGCUUUCUCUGGAAGGAGGUCUCCUUUAUGCCUUCGUGGGACCAGCUGCUGCUGUCGUUUUGGUGAACAUGGUUAUUGGGAUUCUGGUUUUUAACAAACUUGUAUCCAAAGAUGGGAUUACAGAUAAGAAACUGAAGGAGCGGGCAGGUCAGAUGACAGUGCCUCUGUACAGUAUGACGCUCAAAUGUGCCAAGUGCGGAGUAAUCUCGUCGGCUGACGUUUCCACCACAGCCACCAGUAACGCCAUGGCGUCGCUGUGGAGCUCCUGUGUUGUUCUGCCCCUGCUGGCCCUGACUUGGAUGUCAGCGGUACUGGCCAUCACAGACCGCCGCUCAGCCCUCUUCCAGAUUCUCUUCGCUGUUUUUGAUUCAUUGGAGGGCUUUGUGAUUGUCAUGGUGCACUGCAUCUUGCGGCGAGAGGUGCAGGAUGCCGUGAAGUGUCGUGUGGUGGAUCGUCAGGAUGAGGGAAAUGGAGAUUCUGGGGGGUCCUUUCAAAAUGGACAUGCACAGCUCAUGACGGAUUUUGAGAAAGAUGUCGACAUGGCUUGCCGAUCAGGCACCCUUAAGCGGUCAUCACUGCAAGGAGAUGAAAAGAUGGCACCCCAGCAGCUUACUCUCCAGAAAGGAUCCAACUUCAAUACUCUCCCAGCCAAUAUGACCAAAAUGCACCUGCAGAAUGUCGCAGACUAUGCCAGCCAUACCCUGACGCUGAAGAGGGACAAGAGUGGUGUGGGAAGCGAGCUGCCCAGUGCCAAGUCCAUAUACAUCUGUGACGGGGAGCUCUUCAAGCAAUUAGAUGCAGACUUGACCCGCACACAGAGUGAAUCCAGUGCUCCUGAUGGAAGCAGCUAUGUACUGUUGCCAAACAACACCUCAACUCUUCGUGCUAAACCCAAAGAAGACUCCGCCAAGUACAACAUCAGCAUCGAACAACUUCCACAGACUCGGCUAAUUCACCUUAGCACCCCAGCAGGAGAACCAAUCCCCGGCUUUGGACUGAAGACACUGCCUGCAGACAGGGUCAGUGUGUCCUGCUCUGAAAGAGACUCCCCUGUGCAGAAUCUGCAGAAUAUCUCCAGUGAGUCCCAGAUGACCAACAGCCUGUGUGACGCUGGAGACUCAGGAAAUUCAGGCAUGAUGUCCAAGAGCGAGACGGUCUCCACUCUGUCCAUGAGCUCUUUAGAGAGAAGAAAGUCCCGCUACGCAGAACUGGAUUUUGAGAAGAUCAUGCACACACGGAAGAGACACCAGGACAUGUUCCAGGAUCUGAACAGGAAGCUUCAGCAUGCUGAGAAAGACAGAGAGUCUCCACCUGUGGAUGGCAAGUCUGUCAAGAGAUGGAGUGUCUCAUCAGGUGGCAGUGACAAAACAAACCUCAGUGACAAACAGCAGACUCCUAGCAAGAGAGCAUGGGAAGGAAUACGCAAACCUCACUCCCCUCCUUCCUGGGUACGCAAAGAUCUAGAGCCUCUGCAGGCCUCACCGCUGGAGCUGAAGUCAGUGGAAUGGGAGAAGGCUGGAGCCACCAUCCCCCUGGUAGGCCAAGAGAUCAUAGACCUGCAGACCGAAGUCUGAGAGACCAGGGACCAGUCACCACAACUCCUCUCCUCUUCAUUUCACUUGGGUUUGAAACAGAUGAACGCAGCAGAGCACAUGAUCAAACCGUAGAGAAAGCGGGAGGAAGCGUGUUGAAUUCUUUUCUGUAAUACCAGGGCAGGUAUUUCUUAAAGAAAUCAAAAAAAGAAAAGGAGAAUUCAAAAGAAAAGCCUCCAGUUAAUCUGAAAAGGAUGACCUGUUCUGUGCCAGUGUGGGACAUACCUCGCUCGUGAUUAGGGCUUGAGAGAGCCUACCAGGCCUUUUCUGACAUGUAUGGAGACCGUGUGUUACUGCUGACAAGGAAGCAGGAUUUCAAUAUCUGCUGGAGCUUGUCCAGGACUGACAAUACAUCUCCCAGCAUUAACGGAAAGUGGAAAUGUUACAUGGAAAAUACCCUUAUCCAUGGGGGAAUCCUUGGACUGCAAUUGUUUUGCUUUAUUUUAUGUUGCUGUAGAUGGACACAAUUCAAAAGUGACACUACUGAAGUACAGCCACCAAACUGUCAGUUCUACUUUGCCUUGAAUUUUUUUUACUAGAGGCAUAGUUGGUCAAUAUGAACUCUCUUGUAGCUGACCUACGGAGGUGUCAGAAUAUUAUGAAGCAAUCCGAUUAAUGAAGCAAUGUGAAAAUGCCUCUUUUUGUGACAGAUUUCCACUAAACAGAAUUAUUUCCCCCUACUUAUUACACCACUAAGCCCUCAACCUCAUCCUCACUGAUGGGAAUUAAGACUGCUGGUAGCUUUAUUCAAAAGAAACAAUGUAAAUGGGUAAAAUGCAAAGUUACAAAACAAGAACAGGGUUCCAGACAGUGUUGUCCAAGCUCUUCAUGAGUAUCAUCCAAAAUGAUGCUCAUGUCCAGAUUUUCUCAACAAUUAGGAAAAGAAAGCAGCUCCAUGAGAGAGCCUCUGGUUUAUCUUUAAGACGUCUCUUAUCCAUAACCAGGUGGAGAGCCUCAACAUGUCGAUUCAUAGAGCACUGAGCGUUGUCAAUGAGCAGCUAUCAGUGAGGUGGGGAGGAGGGCUGCACAGAGAAGUGAACUCUGGAACGUCUGGGCGGGUGCUGACGAAAAACAGUAGGAUAAGCUGACUGUUAAAAGUUCCCCAGCCAAACCAGCCAUGGCUAGUUUUUGCCUUGCAGUGCUUCAGGUUCUGAUGACAGAAACUCAGACCCGCUUUCUACAGCAGGCCCAGUCCUCAACUGAGAAUUCUGAUCUCACUGUCUUGGGGCCAGCUGAUUAAAGAAAAUCUUUCUGUAUAAUCAACAUGAAUGGAAAGCAAUGAUCUAAUGGCUGCUUGAUAUGCAAGCAUAAUGGAUAGAUAUAAUGCAUAGUUAAUUUUCAGAAUAAUGGAAUAUUUUUGUUAUUUAAAUAUAUACCAGUAUAUAUAUACAGCAUAUAGAUAAGCUA